AUGACAGAAUUUGUAUACCAAGGUGAGGACUUUGAAGAUAAAGUCAGAAAACAAGUUGAAUUCUACUUUUCUGAUUCCAAUUUACAACAGGAUAAGUUUUUAUGGAAGAUUUACGAAGCAAAUGAUGGGUGGGUUGAACUAAAGACAAUUUUGACGUUUGGCAGAAUGAAGCAAUACAGACCAGAGGAAAAGGUAAUUGACGCCUUGAAGUCAAGUGACAAGUUAGUCUUAUCUGCUAAUAAUGAUAUGAUCAAAAGGAAGGAUCCAUUGAAGGACUUUAAUGAAAUCAAGAACACUAAGAAGAGAAACACAGUACACAUCGAAGGGUUUCCCCACGAAUUAACCCAAGAGCAAGUUGAGACCUGGUUUGAGGAUAAGAUUGCUUCAAAGUUGCCAAAAGAACAUGUUAUCAAUUCCGUACGUAGAAUCAAAAGUAAAGCAAAAAAGGAAUUCUUUGGUGUUGUGGACGUUGAGUUGACCAAUGAAGAAGAUGCUCAGUAUUUGGUAAAAGAUGUCGAGUUAUCAUACGAUCAAGGUAUACUCUCUAAAGAAGAAUCUCAAGAAGUUGACAAAAAGAAACUCUUAAAGAAAAUGUCAUUGUUAACGUUCCAAGAAAUGAGGGAAAGCGGUAAGAGAUUUGGUCAAAAUGAAGUGACCAAGAGACGUAACAGUUUCAAUGAAAACAACAAGGGUAAGAGGCAAAAGAUAGGCAAAGGUAAGAAAUUUGAUCGUAAAAAGAGCAGCGAUGGAUCAGAUUCAGCAGAGUCCAAUGACAAGGAGACUGCAGUUGAAAGCGCUAUCGAGGGUGACAAGAUUCCAGAAGAUGAUGAAAGUAAAGCCACGGACGAAACUGGUGAGAAAGAAUCUAAGCCUGAGGAUAAAGCAUCUGCCAAAGCUACUACAGAGAACGAUGCAAAUGACCAAGAGGUUUCUAACGCAGAUGCUGGCAAAGAGUAA